AAAUUCACGACGCGAGACCAGAGCCUCGUGUACCGGAAAGUAGUACGCGCUGUCGCGGGUCACAUGUCGGCCCUGGAAUACGUGAACCUUGUCCAGUCAACGUUCUCCUCGGCACUGCUCAUUCAAGUGUUCCUCACUCUCGUAUGCAUGACCGUCAGCGCGGUGCAAAUAUUGCGGAACAUCAACAACUACGACAUUGUAUUAGGAAUGAUGCUCUGGUUGGUAGGCCAGGUAAUGCAUUUAUUCUUCCUCUGCUUCAAUGGUCAAAGACUGUCGGACUCUAGCCAGAACGUCUACUACGAUGCCAUGGAGUGCGUGUGGUACACUUUUUGCGCGAAGAGUAAGGUCGUUUAUCAAUUCUUCGUUAUGAACACCAUCUCGCCUCACCGGUUGGUUGCCAUGAAAUUGAUGGUGUUGGACAUGCAAACCUUUCAAGCGGUGAUGCGUAUGUCGGCCUCGUAUCUCACGAUGUUGUUAUCGGCGGUAUAAGUAACGUAGGAUGAGGUCAUCAUGUAGUUGUACGGAGUGUGCCCAGUACGUAGGGACUAUAUUUGAGUAUCCAAUAAAUCGGUCUGAAGUCCUCACGACGCUGGUCGACUUUCGUCUGAUCCUUACGAGCAUACUACCCUUCCUCGCGGAAUUUACUCAUUCUCUGGUCGGAACUAGGGCACAGAGACUCGCCGAAUAGGUUCUACCGACAAUGAGAACCCGGUUGAACGCGUCGCGGGUUCUUACUGCGCAUUUAAAUAUUACUUUUCUCCGACGCUUCGAGACUUUCAGCUGCCCGAUCUAUGAUCUCCGAACACAUUGAGCGAGGUGUAGCCGCGUGGACCCUUCCAACUAUCGAAUGCAGUGCAAUUUCUUGGAAGCCAAAGAACUUUUGGUGAAACGAUACAAGUACUCGCCACUACUGGAGCAUCUUUCCCGGUAACCACUACACCGUCGCACGAACAACAUCUAAAACGACCACACGAACUGAUGCAGUGUUGUGCAGUAUGCAUGACAGGAGACAAUUCCAACGCACAUUCGCCCACGAGAAACGGAAUAGAAAAUAUUACCGCCGGUAAUAUCGUACUCGUAAUGCACAGGAUCGCCACCGUUGGCCUGACGUUGCGGGCCAAUACGGGCUGGAACGGCCACACGCCGAAGAGCAACAUCAAACGCUUCACCAACACAUAGGACGGAUGGUCGUAGUAAUCCAUAGCUUUUCCUCCAUUGGCUUCCAUUCGGUUUCGUGCCGGCCACAGUGCACGAUUUAACGGGCAACACCGGCGAAAACUGACAGUGGGCUCUCCUACUCGUUACACGGUUCAAUAUUUAAUAACGUUUCGCCAGUCUGUGCACGGUGAGGGGUUGUCGGCGCCGACGAAAUUGCCAUCGAU